AUGAAGGGAUUCACUCAGUUGACCCUCGCCGCUUUGGCUUCCUACGCCAUCGCCGCUUCUGUUGAUCUCAACAAGCGGGAGUCCCCUUUGAGCGUCGUGCUGACUGCCUCGGGUAACUCUGAGGUUAAGGUGGCUGUGACAAACAAUGGGCAAACGACGCUCAACCUCUUGAGCAAGGGCACCUUUCUGGAUGAAGUCAACCCCGUGGAGAAGGUCACUAUGUACUCUAGCGCCGGCAGCACACAGGUUCCUUUCGAGGGCAUCAAGAUCCGGCUAUUGACCACCGGCCUGACUACGGAUGACUUCACCACUCUGGCAGCCGGAGAGACGAAAGAAGUCACUGUUGAGACGGCUGCGCUCCAUACCCUGACCGAUGGCGGCGACUUCGAUGUCUUCGCGCAGGGCCAGCUCCCCUAUGCCGAAGCCGACUCUACCGAGCUCGCCGGCACCCUCCCCUACGACUCUAACAAGCUCACAAUGACCAUCGACGGCGCUGUAGCCGCUACCGUCGCCAAGGCCAUCACCAAGCGCACCACCCUCGGCUCCAGCUGCACGGGCUCCAAGCUCUCCGCGGUCAGGACCGCGCUGUCCAACUGCGCGCAGCUCGCCACUGCCGCCGCCUCAGCCGCCUCCUCCGGCACUAAGCUCGACACCUACUUUAAAUCGACGGCAAGCAGCACCAGGAGUACGGUCUCUGCUCGCUUGAGGGCCGUAUCCAGCGACUGCGGCGGUUCCGGGAGCGCCACCUCGACCAACUGCAAUGACCCGUACCAGGGAUGCUCUUCCAACGUGCUUGCCUACACGGUGCCCUCGCAGAACUUCAUCACCUAUUGCGACCUCUUCUUCAGCGCGCUCCCAGCCCUUGCAAGCAGCUGCCAUGCUCAGGACCAGGCCACCACUGUGCUGCACGAGGAGACUCACGCCCCUGGUGUCUACAGCCCGGGCACUGAUGAUAUCGCUUAUGGGUGGUCCGCUGCGUCGAGACUGUCGACGAGCCAAGCGCUCAACAACGCCGAUACAUAUGCCCUGUACGCUAAUGCUAUCAACCUGAACUGCUAG